AACUACUCCGUGUCAAACGAUUUCCUUUAUUACCAAAUUUGGGAAAUACGACAAAAGUAAUUUGAACCUACAGCGUUGAUUGAAAUUCUUGGAAACGAAUGAAUAGCUUUCUUUUGCUAGUGAAAUACUUUUAAUAAUGUCUGAACGCAAAGAUCACUGUUAAUUCUCUCUCACAAUAUCAGCUUAUUCAACGCCACGUAUAUACAUCUUUUAAAGAGCUUACUCUUCAUGGCACUCGUUUCAGUCAGCGAAAAGUGUUUUAACACCAUAGAAUCAGUACUGAAAGCAGUGAAAACGGGCGAUAUUCGCAGCUCCGAGGUUAUGUUGAAAUCACUUGGAAAAGAUGGCUUGUUAGUGCAACAACAGGCAUCUGUGUAUUGUGAUCGGCUAAAAGAAGCUGAAGAUGAACACAAGAGACAAGUGGAGGCCAUUACUCGACAGAUAAACGAAUUAUAUCAGGAACAGAAACAACACGAAAAAAGGAAAAAAGAAUUAGAAGCAAAGAAAUCUUCACUAACGAACAUGAAGAAUCAUUACAUCCAAAGUAAGCGAGAGGCUAAAGUAAAGUAUCAAGAAGCAGAAAGGGAAAAGAGGGAAGCUGAAAAAAAGGACGAAGAAUUUAGGACGUAUUGGUGGGUGCCUAUUUAUGGUCAGUACCUUGCAGUGCGCGAAAUAAUUGAAGAAAAUAAUGGGAAGGCAAGAGCUGCCUCGAGAGAAAUGGCCCGUCAUGAAAGGGAUGCGGAGGAAGCCGAAAGGGAGAUUGAACGGACCAAUUCUGGAAUUCGUCAGGUAAGUUGCAAAUUAACGAUGGAAAGUAUGUUCUCUUAAAAAAAUGCAGAGACAGUAAAGUAUGUUUGUCUUCAUUCGAUGUUUCCCUUAUUGCACAUUUUUAGCAGUUUUGAAGGUUUUACGAUCGUACAUGAAGCUUGCAGAUAAAUUUCCUGAACGCCCCUUGAAUACAGAGAAUGUACAGCUUUUAAUGCUUGUGCCCACAAUCUGUUUACGAAAAAAAAAACAGUAGCAAAAUGAAGCAGCUAUAUACCACACGCUUGAGAAAAGUGGUAAGCGAUUGGUGAACGAAAAAUCGUGAGUUUCAGGGGUAAAAAUGUAUCAUAGAAGACGUAGUAAACUGAUCUGGAAAAAAUGACGAAAUAAAUACGAACAGAUAACGAAUGUUCAACGUAAUGAUCGGCGUUAAAGGGCGCUACACAUCGCAAUAAAACGGUUCACCUGGGGUUCACUUGAGGUUAAGGAAGGCGCACAGGUAGUACUACAAAGUGCAAUCUACAUUUGAUACGUACUGGAAGGAGGUGUGUUGAUUUUGAUGCGUGUUUAUGCUACAUGAAAGAAAUCUCUUUCAUUAGGCUGAGGAAGACAUGCGGAGGAUUUCUAAGGAAGUGGAACAGCUGGAAAGACAACGAAAAGAACGCCACAAUGAACUGGGUGACGUUAAAAGUAUGGUGGUAUUCAUCCUCCGAGCUGUUACUUUCUGGAAGGAGGUAGUCGAACUUACCAGGGCCGCAAGAGUGAAGACUGAAAACAUUCAAAAGAUCGUGGAACUGGUUCAGAAGAAAGAUUCAGUUCGCAUACUCACAAGCAGAGGUACCCGAAUUAAGAUGACGUCGUUUAAAGAAUGCUGGAUGGAAUUGGUACAGACCAUCAACUCCGAUGUAGAACAAGCUGAUUUUUUAAAGGAAGGUACCAAAUAUGCACUCUGUGUACAAACAUAA